ACAAAUGCUUCUUGACUUUUUAUGUUAUGGGACAGCAAACCGUUGAAUAUACUUCUCAUUCUUCAGAGCUUUCCAGAAAGGUUGCCUGUCCUCACCUUAACAGAAUAAUAAAGACAGACGUGCCACUCGCAAAAAUAGACUCUAGUACUUUCAAGAAACAAGUUGCCACAGGAACCCUACAUUGUGAUCGUUGUGAUACAAAAAUACCAAGGCUAUGGAGCCGUUGUAGGUCCGUAAUUUGCUCUACUAGCACUCGCACACAUACGCGAGAUCAUUUUGAUAUGGCACAUAAGGAAAAUCGUGCGGAUUCAUGCCAUUCUAUUUACGUAAAUCCACGCUCCCUAACAAUAUGGUGCUAUGCUUGUGGAACGGAGUUGAAUCCAUUUAAUCCAUCAGAAAUGUUGUCUUUGGAAGCCCGUACAUACUUAAAAACAAUAAUACGAAGCCUGCAAGGAAAACGCCACAGACAGCCACCAACUGCAGAUAAAAUUAUUACGGAUGUUCCAGGACUGAUUGGCCUAAAAAACCUCGGGAAUACGUGUUAUAUGAAUGCUGCAUUACAAGCAUUAAGUAAUACACCGGCAUUAGCAAAUUAUUUUAAUUAUUGCGAGGUGUAUUUGCCACGCUCAAAACAUUCCACAUACAAAUUAGCCGAGCAUUUUCUUCAUUUUAUGAAAGCGUUGUGGAAUGGAAAUAGCCCGAUAUUUGCGCCAAUUCAUCUUGUUAACGAAGUAAAAAAGUACAAUGAAAUUUUCCAAGGUUAUGGGCAACAGGACUCUCAAGAAUUCCUGGGAUGUAUUCUUAAUCGACUGCAUGAGGAACUUCCAUAUCCGCAUCAAUCGACGACAUAUGCAAAUGGAAAAGGAAUAAAUGGAUCUGGAUUAUUAGAUAUAACUUUACUAGGUGGCGUUAACGAUGGUAAUAUAAUAGGCGGUAGUUCAUCAUCAGCUUCUUCGAUAACAACACAAUGUUCAACCACGGAAAAGGUUCAUAGACCUCACUCAUCACCUCGUAGUAUUAUCAGUGAUAUUUUUGAGGGAAUUCUAGAGUCACGUAUAAAAUGUCUACAUUGUAAAAAGGAGUUCUUAAAGGAAGAGAAUUUUUAUGACUUGUCGAUUGAGAUGGAUAAAAAAUACAAAAUAAGGGCUCUAGAUAAGAAUGGAGAUGCUUCUAGUUUCUUUGGGUGGUUAGGUAUAGGUAAUCGUAAUCUUCGAUUGCAAGAUUGUCUUGCGUCUUUUUGCGCGAUAGAAAAUUUGACUGGCGCCAACCGCUAUGAAUGCGAUCGAUGUAAAAAAUUAAAUGAUUGUCAAAAGACGCUAAGAAUAAAACGGCUACCAGAGACGCUGUGUAUACAACUGAAACGCUUCCGUCGUGAUUAUUUUUCCUCGAAAAUUACAACACAUGUCCAAUUCCCGAUGGAAGAUUUGGAUAUGCGACCUUAUUGUAAAGAUAAAAAUCGGGAAAAAGCAAAUACUGAUAUGCACGAUAAUCAAAAUGAUGAAUCUAUAGGAGUCACAAAAUAUGAUCUAUAUGCUUUAGUGCAUCAUAGGGGCGGGUUAGGAGGUGGGCAUUAUAUUGCAUAUGCAAAGAAUCCAAUCGACAAUAAUUGGUAUGAAUUUGAUGAUACGUAUGUAACCAAAAAAACUCCUCUGGAAAUUUCGCGAACAGAAGCAUAUAUUCUGUUUUAUCGAAAAAAGAGCCCAGAGAAAGAUGAUGAAAGGCAAAAAAUUAAAACUCAAAUUAAUGCAAAUGCAAGAGUCAAUUUAAUACAAAAUCCUCAUGUGCUCGAUAUGGUAGUACGUGUUCCUUUAAGUGUAUAUUCUGCUCUUGUAGAUAAAUAUGGUAGUGAUGGAGGUGCAUCUUUAGCUGAAUCCAAUUCUAGAAUAAUGAUGUGCAGAAACUGCGAGCGAGAGGAACAAAGUCUCAUCGAACGAAGGUUACGUGAGAAACAUGCCAUUGCUGCGAUCGAUACUAACACAAUAAAACCUGGUGAAUAUUGGUAUCUCAUCAGUUCGUCUUGGCUAUACAGUUGGGAGAUAUUCAAGUUGGGUGGCCUUCCACCUCCUGCUAUUGAUAAUACAACUUUUGUGAGUGAAAACGGCAUUUAUCCAAAACGCGGAAUGAAACGAGGUGUCGAUUACAGAGGCGUCAACGAACGUGUUUGGAAUUAUUUUCACCAAAUAUACGGAGGAGGACCCAUAUGUAUACGAGCUGUUCUCGAUCUAUAUUCAUCGCCUGUGUUUCCUUCGCAUCAUUAUAAUUAUAACAAUAAUUAUUACAAUUAUGACUCGCGGCACGUUGUACAUAAUCCGCGGUAA